AUGACCGUCGAAGCCAUCUACAUCGUGAUGGAGGUGAUCAUCGCAGUGACUUCGGUGAUCGGAAACGUGAUGGUUAUCUGGGCGGUGCGGAUCAACCGUUCGCUGCGAGACACGACCUUCUGUUUCAUUGUGUCUCUGGCUCUGGCGGACAUUGCGGUGGGGGCUCUGGUCAUCCCGCUGGCCGUCACCAUCAACAUCGGUUUCAAGAUGCACUUCUACAGCUGCCUGCUGGUCACGUGCAUCGUGCUGGUGCUCACGCAGAGUUCCAUCUUCGCGUUGCUGGCCAUCGCUAUCGACCGUUACCUGAGGGUGAAAAUACCAAUGAGCUACAAACAUGUGGUGACACGGCGGCGUGCAGGCACGGCGGUGGUGGUGUGUUGGAUGGUUGCCAUAGUGGUUGGCCUGACGCCCAUGCUGGGCUGGAACAACCGGCAGCGUCUCCAUGACAAUGUCUCCCAGGUGACCCAUGACUUCUUAGUGAUGUGUAAGUUUGAGAAAGUCAUCAGCAUGGACUACAUGGUCUACUUCAACUUCUUCGGCUGGGUGCUGCCGCCCCUCGUCCUCAUGCUGCUCAUCUAUGCUGAGAUAUUCUACAAGAUACACCACCAGCUCAACAAGAAGGUGAUGGAGAGCCACACAGACCGUAGCCAUUACUACAGUAAGGAGCUGAAACUAGCCAAGUCAUUGGCUCUGGUCCUCUUCCUGUUUGCCAUCAGCUGGCUUCCUCUAAACAUCCUCAACUGCAUCACGCUGUUUAGCCCGAACGGUGACAAGCCCGCGCUUCUCAUCUACAUCGCCAUCCUGCUCACACACGGCAACUCCGCUGUGAACCCCAUUGUCUACGCAUUCCAGAUCAAGAAGUUCCAGAAUGCGUUCCGGAAGAUCUGGAAGCAGUAUGUGCUGUGUAGGGACCCGGUAGGCAAGCUGCCCCAGAGAGGGAGUCAGAGGUGCCAGAGCAGAUUGGAGAGGAUGUUGAGGGCGAACGAUGAUGACAAUUAA